AUGGCAACAGAAUCGUCAUCAACUUCAACGACACCGCUGCUUGACGAACCUGUCAGUGGCAUUCAACUGAAAAAGAUCAGGGACAGCUGUGAUGGGUGUGCCAAGUCCAAGGUGCGAUGCAGCAAACAGCACCCCAAGUGUGCCCGCUGUGACGCUCGCGACAUUCCCUGCAACUACAGCAUUGUGCAACGCAAAGGUCGUCGCCGCCUUUCAGAGCGACUGGCUCACACAGGAAGCACUCCGCGCAGCAGCUCGCCAGAUCUCAACCUACCCGAUGAUUUCCUCGCCACUCUAAGCUACCAUGGCCUUGAGUCGUUCGCCGAGGAUCUGGCAGGGGUGUCACGAACGGUUAGUAGCUCUGGUGAUGGCAUCUCCAGUGAUAGCAGCCUAGACGGCUUUUCCACCAAAAGCCCUCCUCGAUCAGUACCUUCCCCCGGCUUUACCAAUGCAGCUGGGCAGCUUGACUUUCAGUUUCCAUUUGACUGGUCGAGCCUAGACCAGGAAUUGUCAAAUCACGACGAGAACUUUGGCCUCACCUUUCCUCCACCACUAUUCCCCCUUGACGAGGUACUCCACAUGAACCAGACGGCCCUCGCUAACAUUUCGUCGGUGGUGUCGUGCCCCUGUUCACUUGACUACAACUUUGCUCUGUUGAUUACACAAGCUGUCACCAAGAUCUUAUCCUGGUAUCAGGCAAUCCUCGACGAUAACAAUGACGCUGUGCGAAUGAUGCCAAUAAAGAUCGGCCAGUUCGAACUUCAUCUUGGUAACCACAACUUGCGUAUGGUGGCUCAGGUUGUGCUCGAUGACCUAGCCAAAGUAGAGAAACUCCUUGAGGGCUUUAUCGAGCGCAAUGGCCGUGCUAAGCAAUCCGCCAACGAGUUUGAACAGCCUCUUUACUCUUCUCUCGAGUCACUCCUACGCACAAAAUUAAAUGAUAUUCUUUGUUCAGCCACGGUGAAAGUGAAUGGGGGCCAAUCUACAUGA